AUGGCUGAUGCGGGGGACCGUAUGUUCUGCCAUGCCUGUGGCGGGGUCUGGCUGAAAGACGCUGCCAACGGACUCAACUGUCCUCAUUGUCAAUCCGAUUUUACAGAGAUCAUCGAAAUCCCGCCCGAUACAGAAGAACCCUCCCCGCGCCCGUCCCAGGACUCAGCGCUUCACGAUGGCCACGCACAACCCCAGGUGAACCCUUGGGCCGAUCAUAAUCCGUGGGCGAACCAAGAGGAUCAGGAUGACCAGUUUCCAUGGCGUCCCGGCUAUUCGCAUCGAACAUACAGAUCUCCCGAUGGUCGCUGGACAUUUACUACGACCGCGACGAACCUGGGAGGGCGCAGCUUCGCCACCGGACAGGCUUCGAAUCAACAGAGGCAAAUGCCGAUUGAUCCGCUGAUGCCGGUCAUGCGCAGCUUGGAUACCAUCUUCCAGGGGCUGGCUGCGACUUAUCGCCAGGGCCAGAAUCAAAACCCGAACCAGAACCGGAGCCAGGAUAGAGACCACGGUGACAGCACCGGUCAAGCAAAUGGAUCAGACUCGGAUACGCAUCGCCUUCGGGAAGACUCGCCGGAAUUCACUCCCACCGACAGGUUGUUCCCAAGAGACGCAGAUGGUCCGCAGCCCAUGGCACCGCCUUUGGGCACUCUGGGCGAUAUCCUGGAAUUACUCCGCGCCGAUUUUGGAGGCAACACCACAGGGGGAGUCCGUGUCAUGACCGGUCCGAACCCUUUGGCCAUCCUCUCGACUCUCCUCAACGUUGAUCGACAUGGGGACGCCGUCUACUCCCAGGAGGAGCUGGACCGGGUCAUCUCCCAGUUGAUCGAUCAGAAUAUCAAUCGGACAGGGGCUCCGCCGGCCCCCGAAAGCGCCAUCCAGUCCCUACCGAAGAAGAAAGUCGACGAGGAGAUGCUGGGCCACGAAGGCAAAGCGGAGUGCUCCAUCUGCAUGGAAUCGGUCGAGGUCGGUACGGAGGUCACAGUCCUGCCCUGCAAGCACUGGUUCCACUACGCCUGCAUUGAGGCCUGGUUGACCCAGCACAACACUUGUCCACAUUGUCGUCGGGGGAUCGACUCUUCCAAUCAAACGGAGGGUACGAGUAGAAACCCAGUGGUCAUUGGCGACAGCCCUGAACCUAUUUCUCCUCAGCGUCGCCGUAGUAGUGUGCAGCAGCAGCAGCAGCCGCCGCACAGCGGGCAGCCUGCAACAUGGUCUGAACAGCAAUCCUGGAACAACCCACAAGCACAUACCUCGGAAACAGACGAGCAAGGCCAACAACACUCCAGUCACAGCGACGGCGGUGGCGGCUUUGCUGGAUGGGUCAGGAGCCAUUUUGGAGGCAAUCAGUCAUGA